AUGACACCAAUUCGCCAUAAUUCUGCUAAAAACCUUAUCCAUUUGGUGCCCCUUGAUGAAAGAUUCAACGAGAUGAAUCAAAGCAACAAGGAAGCCGGCGAUGAAACUGGCGAACAAAGAACCCACAAAAUCAACCUCGAAAAUAAUGAAACCACGAAGGAAGAAUAUAAACUUAAACUGGGAGACGAGAUAGCGCAAGGCAUGUUUUCGCAUACAAUGAAAAUCAACGGCCGAUUAUUGUGA